GAAGAGGACAAAGGCGGUGCGCGGCCUGUGUCAUCCGCCAUCUUGUGCGAAGCAAGGUGGCCUCCACGUUCCCUGAGCGUCUUCUCCGCUUCUGCCUCUCCCGCCCCUUGAUCACAGACAUGUCUCGGGAUCGGUUCAGGAGCCGUGGCGGUGGCGGCGGCGGCUUCCACCGGCGCGGAGGCGGCGGCGGCCGAGGCGGUCUCCACGACUUCCGCUCGCCGCCGCCGGGCAUGGGCCUCAAUCAGAACCGCGGACCCAUGGGGCCCGGACCGGGCCAGGGUGUCCCGAAGCCACCGAUCCCGCCACCACCACCACACCAACAGCAGCAGCAGCCGCCGCCGCAGCAGCCACCGCCGCAGCAGCCGCCACCGCUUCAGUCGCCGCCGCAUCAGCAGCCCCAUCAGCAGCCGCCGCCGCCGCCACAGGACUCGUCCAAGCCCGUUGUUCCUCAGGGACCAGGACCGGCUCCCGGAGUAGGCAGCGCGCCGCCGGCCUCAGGCUCGGCGCCACCUGCCGCACCCCCGACCUCUGGGGUCGCGACGGGGCCGGGCCCCACCCCGACCCCGCCGCCUGCUGUCACCUCGGCGCCCCCCGGCCCGCCCCCGCCCCCGCCGCCGAGCAGCGGGGUGCCCACUACCCCGCCGCAGGCCGGGGGCCCGCCGCCUCCACCUGCAGGGGGCCCGGGGCCGGGGCCUAAACAGGGCCCAGGACCCGGCGGCCCCAAAGGCGGCAAAAUGCCCGGUGGGCCGAAGCCCGGCGGUGGCCCGGGCCUGAGCACCCCUGGCGGCCACCCCAAGCCGCCGCACCGAGGCGGCGGGGAGCCCCGCGGAGGCCGGCAACACCACCCACCCUACCACCAGCAGCAUCACCAGGGGCCCCUGCCCGGUUGCCCCGGCGGCCGCAGCGAGGAGAAGAUAUCCGAUUCGGAGGGAUUUAAAGCCAACUUGUCACUGUUGAGGAGGCCUGGAGAGAAAACUUACACACAGCGUUGUCGGUUGUUUGUUGGGAAUCUACCUGCUGAUAUCACAGAGGAUGAAUUCAAAAGACUAUUUGCUAAAUAUGGAGAACCAGGAGAAGUUUUUAUCAACAAAGGCAAAGGAUUCGGAUUUAUUAAGCUUGAAUCUAGAGCACUGGCUGAAAUUGCCAAAGCUGAACUUGAUGAUACGCCCAUGAGAGGUAGGCAGCUUCGGGUUCGCUUUGCCACACAUGCUGCUGCUCUUUCCGUUCGCAAUCUUUCACCUUAUGUUUCCAAUGAACUGUUGGAAGAAGCCUUUAGCCAGUUCGGUCCUAUUGAAAGGGCUGUUGUAAUUGUGGAUGACCGUGGAAGAUCUACAGGGAAAGGCAUAGUUGAAUUUGCUUCUAAACCAGCAGCAAGAAAAGCAUUUGAAAGAUGCAGUGAAGGCGUUUUCUUACUGACAACAACUCCUCGUCCAGUCAUUGUGGAACCACUUGAACAAUUGGAUGAUGAAGAUGGUCUUCCUGAAAAACUUGCACAGAAGAAUCCAAUGUAUCAAAAGGAGAGAGAAACUCCUCCUCGUUUUGCCCAGCAUGGCACAUUUGAGUAUGAAUAUUCUCAGCGAUGGAAGUCCCUGGAUGAAAUGGAAAAACAGCAAAGGGAACAAGUUGAAAAAAACAUGAAAGAUGCAAAAGACAAAUUGGAAAGUGAAAUGGAAGAUGCCUAUCAUGAACAUCAGGCAAACCUUCUGCGUCAAGAUCUGAUGAGACGCCAAGAAGAAUUAAGACGCAUGGAAGAACUUCAUAAUCAAGAAAUGCAGAAACGUAAAGAAAUGCAAUUGAGGCAAGAGGAGGAGCGACGUAGAAGGGAAGAAGAGAUGAUGAUUCGACAGCGUGAGAUGGAAGAACAAAUGAGACGCCAAAGAGAGGAAAGCUACAGCCGAAUGGGCUAUAUGGAUCCAAGAGAGAGAGACAUGAGAAUGGGUGGUGGAGGAGCGAUGAACAUGGGAGAUCCCUAUGGUUCAGGAGGCCAGAAAUUUCCACCUCUAGGUGGUGGUGGUGGUGGCAUAGGUUAUGAAGCUAAUCCUGGAGUUCCACCAGCAACCAUGAGUGGUUCCAUGAUGGGAAGUGACAUGCGUACUGAGCGCUUUGGGCAGGGAGGUGCGGGACCUGUGGGUGGACAGGGUCCUAGAGGAAUGGGGCCUGGAACUCCAGCAGGAUAUGGUAGAGGGAGAGAAGAGUAUGAAGGCCCAAACAAAAAACCCCGAUUUUAGAUGUGAUACCUAGGCUUUCAUUCCAGUUUGUUUUUUGUCUUUUCUUGUUUAGAUACCAAUCUUUUAAAUUCUUGCAUUUUAGUAAGAAAGCUACCUUUUUAUGGAUGUUAGCAGUUUAUUGACCUAAUAUUUGUAAAUGGUCUGUUUGGGCAGGUAAAAAUAUGUAAUGCAGUGUUUGAAACAGGAAUUUAUUUUUCCUUUUUUUCUUUUUUUAACUGUAUAAUGUCCCUCAAGUUAUGGCAGUGUACCUUGUGCCACUGAAUUUCCAAAGUGUACCAAUUUUUUUUUUACUGUGCUUCAAAUAAAUAGAAAAAAUAGUUACAAUAUUGAUCUUCAACUUUGCCAUUCAUGCUUCUAUGCACAUUAGGCUAGGUAUUCUAUUUUGAAAGCAUGAGAGUGUCAGGCCUUCCAAUGGCAUAUGCCAUUUCUGGGAAAUGUACUUGUAGGCUAAAUACUUCUUUCUAUAAAUAACUACCCCCUUGUUUUAAAACGAAGAAAUGCAUAUUGAAGUAGUUUCAUGAUUUGAUUUGUUUGGCAUUAUAGGAAGCAAGCCGGUGCUAAGUAUUUUAAAUGGUUAUGAAAGCAAAGCUGAACUGUAAAUCUUCAUUCAGGAAUGUGUAUUAAGGUCAUGGAAUGGGUGUAAGACUGUUAGCGGGAGAGAGUGGGUAUGACUAAAUGGAUCUUUUAUGGCCCUAUGAUCUAUCCUUUCCUUGAAGGUUUCUGAAGAAAAGUGGGAAGAUUUUGUUGCAUUCCUCUAUUCUUGUUUUUAAAAGAACAAGUCCCAAGCCCUACAAAUGGCUUGUAUUGAACUUCACAUUUGAAUUAAAGAUUGUUAAACAUGAAGUCUUUUCAUGUAUUACUUGAAGCAAGUUAAAAGAUGGGUUUGGUCUGAAAAACUCAACUUUAAGAAGUUUAGUGACCAUAAAGUAGGCUUAGGUGUACAUUUGUUCCCUGUAACUUCUACAUCUCCUUGUGCUACUUACUCUUGGGCAAAGUCUGUAGGACUAUAAAAAUCUGUUCUCUUUUCUAAGAGCUAGUGGUGACCAUUAAUAACAAACAGGGUUACAGAUGACCAUUCUUAAUACAAAAUAUUUGUUAACUUGUUUUUCCAUGGUUUCUUUGAUGUAGCACUAAAUAUGGAGAGAGUUUGCUCAUGCUACACAGUACAAAUAUCCCUCCCACCAUAAAGCUUUGGAGUGUUUCGAUGGUGUUGUCAGUUUGUCAACUUCAUUGAAUCUCCUUACAUUAGAGUAAGAAACAUUUUUGAGUUAACAUUAGAUUGUUACUGUUGGCUGUUAGUACAAUGGGAACCUGCUUUUUCAGUGUGUAUAUGUUAGUAAAGGAAAAACUUCUAACAGUAGGUAAAGUAAUUGAAUGGUUUGGGUUUGUUCUUCGUUAUGUUUCCAUUUAAAUUUGUACGUUAUAGAACUCUUACUAUGGAAUGUCUUCCUAUUCACCUGUUCUUGAUGCUAAUUGGCAAAAGUAAAAUUCUAAAUCAAAUCUUUGUUAAAAUGCUGAAGUUUAGUACUGUGCCUGAGUACAAAGGGAAACCUAUUGUUGAAACACUUAAGCACUUUUUCUGCAUAGAAAACUGGAUAAUAGUAAAGUUAAAACACUAGUGGGGUUUAAAGGCAUGUCACUCAAUUCUGGUUGUGUGACAGGUACAAGGUGUGAUUUAAGGGAGAGAAUCUCACUGGAAAAUGUUCAUUAUUCUGUUAACUGAGACACUUGGAAAUGGGUAGUUCUACCAUAAUUUUACCAAUGAGGAAGUUCUGUCCCAAGGCAAGUUACUCACCUCGUGAUGUGUCUGAGAUUUUCUGUAUGGAAACAAGGUCUUGAUUUGAAAGGAGUCCAUUACAGUUUGGUUGAAUUGUAUGGUAGGGACUCCACUAAUAAAUAAGGGGGUGUUCUUGGGACACCCAUAGAGGGUGAACUGGAAUGUGUGUGGGUGGGGGCUGGUUGGGAAAUGGGAAAAUCUGCCUAUAAAAUUAAUGUUUCAGUUUAUUUUUCAGAUUACAUGCCUUUCUUUAUAAGGGAUGCUGGCACAGACCCCUAAAAUAAGCUUUUGGUAGUACUAUACUUUUGAAGAGUGGUGAAGGAUGCUAAUGGAUAAUCUCCUGGAAGUUGUGGUUUUGAUAGCCUUACUGUGGGCUGUAGAAUUGCUAAACAUUGUUUAGCAAAUAAUGAUGCUUAGUUUCAAUGAAGUUUUGACUUUCAUCACUGAAAUAGUAGGGUACCAAGGGUUGUAAGCUACUCAAAUAGACUUUCAGAAAGUCUUGCAAUGUAUAUGAUAGUUUUUAUUUAGUCUAAUGUGAAUUUAAUCAUCUUAAAAGAUAGUUUCCUAAAAGCUGGUAGGAAACUUGGGGUGGGAACGGGAAGGUAGUACUUUCGAAGUAGUCUAGCCAUUUUUCUCAUUUAUAGAAACCACCUGUCCCCAUUUCCUCUUCUCCACUUUCUCUAGUAAUUUUAAGAGGAACAGUGAUUGAUUUAAACUUGUAGUCUUUAAAAACUGCAUUCUCUGAUACCGCAGUGUAAAUACGUGUCGUAUAAGCUUACCCAUUGGCUCCCAUUUUAGUGUAACCAUAAUUAAUCUCUCUGCUUAGGACACUAAUUAAACUCCUAAGAUAUAAAUCCCACCACUCUUUAUUAGAUGUAUUUCACCACUAAUACAAACAGAUAAUAAUUGGGGAAAUUGUAAUGUACGCCUGUGCAAUUUUUAUAAGUGGCAUAUUAUGGCAGAUAAAAAUUUAGAUACUUGGCUUUUCUCGGGCAAGCCACUAAGUUGUGGUGGAAUGUUCUCUGGUGUUCUUGGACUGCAAUUAUGCACUAUUAAAGUAGUGGCCUGCUACAUAACUGCAUUUAGCCAGCAUUUCUGCAGUGCGUAACUGUGAGGAACGUAGUACCGCAAAUGGCAAUGGACAUUAGGACCCGGAUGUAGUAUUCCUGCUUGCUCCAAGAUUCUCAUUGCCGACUGCAUACAGGUAGGUAACAAGCAAUAUAAUCUAACUUGGUGACUUGCUAUGUACUUUUAUUCCGUGGGCAUUCUGACAUCACACUUCUGACAAUGAAAUCACAGUGCAGCACCUAACUACUUGUAUGGUAAAGUUAGCUUUUAUCAAAACUGUGUGGGUUUGGGUUCAGAGCUGUAAUUUUUCAGGCAGAAAUCAGUGCUGUUGCGGUUCUCAGAUAAAAAGUGCAAACUUGAUUCUUUGGUAUAUCUGACUCAGUUGUGUGGUUUUUCUUGAGCUGCAUUGUAACUGAAGAUGACCUGGGACAUCAGUGGUAUGGGGGAGAGGGAACCAAACCAUACUUGGGAAGUAGAGUGCUUUUAGCAUCUUAACAUGGACUGUAUAGUAUGUGAUAGUCUCUGUUGUGGCAAACUGACCUGCCCAUUGGUCAGCAAUAUCAAUAAUUUCAGAGUGCAAUCUUGGUAAUAAUUUUGCAGAUUGAGUGAAUUAAGACCAAAAGUACAGUUUUUUUGUAAUGUGAUUUAAAAAUUUUUUCUGUGGGCUCCAUGGGAACACCUUUGUUACUAAACCUGGGCUUAUUAGAUGGGAGUCUAACAUGAAGAGUUGAAGUUAUGUGACCUGUCUAAAUAUGUCUAUACUCUAAACUUGGGGGAAAGUGGUGUGGCACAUUGAUAGCCUACAGUUGAAUACAUCUUGGGAAUCAUUUCCCAAUCAAGACCGUCGUAUUCUGUAGGAUAACUGCAGAUGUUCAGCAUAGCUUUUUGAAUUUGGUUCCCUUAGCUUUAGGGAUGUGAUGUUAUAAUCCAAAAUGGUCAAUCACCAAAAAAAUCUUUAGAAGCACCCUCUUUUGUUAAGGACUUAAGCUUUUUUCAUCAACUUUUCUAGACCUCAAUUCAACUUAACUUUGGUCUCUGAACUGGUUUUUAGCUAUAGUGUGCAUGAGAAAUGGCGUUCACGUAUAACGCUUUCUGCUCUGUAACUGGAAAAAUUUGGUUUACUUUGCAUAAAUGCUGGUGAAAACUUCACGACUAUGAGAAUUUUCUUCCAAUGUAUCAAGAAAAAUGUCUAGCUCUUUAGCAGGCAAUUCACAAGGUGGGGACAAGUUUGUACUUUGAUCUGUAGUUCAUUCAAGCAAAUAACUCGACUUUCCUGCUAGAUAAAAGCAAAUGGUGACUAGCUCUCUCUGUCAAUAAUACAAAGUAGACCAAACAAUGGUCAGCUUUUAGUGACAAAAUGUCACUGAAUUGGCAUACAACGUUGGUAGGAUUUUCCUGUGGCAUAAUCCAUUAAAUCGGUGGCCAACACUUGACACCGUGAUGUAGUGAUUGAGUGUUAAGGAGUAAACCUGAGCUUUUAUUUCUAAACAGUCAAUAACAAUUUUGAGAGAAUAUACGUAUUACAAUAUAUGGACUUCAGGAACAUCAUUGGAGUGGGGGGUAAAUUUCGCUUCAUUCUGCUUAUUUCAAGAUGAAUAGGCUUUUGCACUUUCAAAUGAGAAACCUGUGACUUAAGUUGAUUCACUUAGUUUUGUUUGUAGUUAUAAUUUCUGAAUCUUAGUAUAGAGGGUCUUAAAAUCAGUCAAAAAGCUGGAAAUAAAUGGGUUUCAGUAAUCACACUAUACUGAGGUGCUCGCAUUGUAUUUCAUAGUCUUUUCUCGUUACAAACCAAAAUAAUUCUUUUCAUGAAUAUGGUCUGAAGUUCAGAAAUGUGAUGCCAGAAUGCAUUUUCGUACUGUUAGGCCCUUGGAACAGAUACCGGUGCUUUCUGAAAGAUGAAAGAAAUGGAAUGGGUGCUCUUCACAUAAGGUUGCAAAACCUACAAAGAAUUCAUAAUAGUCUCACUUUUCCCCAAUAAAGAAAUGCGUGUGACUAGUUUUGGACUUCUAACUUCAAUGGGGGUUGCAUGUCUCCUAUUGUUAAUCAUUGUCAGCUGCAGUGACAUGAUACACAGUCCUGCAUUUACUACCUUUCCCUCACUGAUUUUGGACAGGUUUUUAGAGAGCAGGGAUGUUUGUUCUGGGCCUUUAUUUGGUUUUGGCUUUAGCUAAUAAUGUUUCAGUGCUCUGUCAGCUAGUGCAGUUCUCAAACGGCUGCCUAUUAUUAUUAGGGCAAGAACUCGGGAUUUGGCUGCUCCUAAUCAUCUGUCAUUGCUGCUAGAUAAUGAUUGGCAAUAUUUAAGACUCAACUGUGGAAAUCUCACAGUUGGUAAACCAUCAAUCAUAAAAUUGUUUCUUUUGAACACCAGUGCUGAAAAUGCAAAGAUCUUAUUUGGAGGGUGAAAAGAGGGCUGGAUGUAGAACAGGAUAAUCUGGAGAAUGGGGGGAGAAUGCAAAACGAUAUAGUAUCCCUUAUGGAGGUACAUGUGCAACAGGGAACUCUUAUUUCAUAUACCCUUGGUAGUAACUGAUCAGGGAGGAGGAAAAACCUGGAACUUGAAUUAAGGCUGAUCUUUCUGUUUUUGUGCACUGUGGCCCUGCCAGGCAUAUAUAUAGUGAAUGUGAAUGUAUUCUCCCUCAGAAAAACUCAGAUUCCUUGCUGUCCCGAUGAGGCAUAGCUUCCCUGCCCUGACUUAAAACCCAGUGAGGACUUGGAGAGAAUGAGGGCAAUGUAUAGGAUAUUGCAGGAUAACAACUGCAUUGUUGUGUACUGUGGAAUGGGGAGGGCACUCUUGGAGGACUCCUGCUGAAGGUGGUCAGGCCGCCUGAGAAGGGAAGACAAGACAUACUUGAAUGGGGAGCAGGGUAUGUGCUUUUAUAUGGAAAGAGCUGAUGUUAAAACUCAUUUGGUAAGGUAAACGUUGUCACAUACCUUCACAUAAGGGAUAGUAUAUUUUGGGUUGCAGUCAAACUUCAUUGUGCUCAGACUAGUGAAAAUAGCAGUUAGGCUUUUGUAUUUUAAAGAAGAUCCAGUUUUGAUUCUAUUCAGGUGUCUACUUUAUUACUUAACGUUAAGAAUAAUUUUAGAUUUUCCCCCCCCAUGAAAUUUCUUCCUGUUUUUUUUUUUUUAAAUGCUGUAACUUGCCCCCCAAUCUUUGUCUCUGGAAUUUUACUCUUUAAAUUUUGAAGUUAACUAGCAUUUUCAAAUCUUUAUACCCUUGUCUUUUAUGUUAACUUUUUCUUAUUAUUCUUUAGGUAAGAAUGAUUGAUGUUGGCUGAUACUGGAGUGCUCAUUCACUUCAGGUGAAUAAGAUGCUUGUUCUCAGUACAUCACACAGGAUGAGCCAACCGAGAAGGAGAGCUGCAGCUGUUAGACUGAGGAGUGUCUAGGAUCAGGCAAACUUCAGAAAACCAGUAAGGAAGAGGACAAAGGAAUGAACAACCUAAAUGUCAUUAAUAAAGACAUUUUUAAAUGA